AUGACGCGACAGCUGCAGGUGCUGCGAAGCAGAGCUUCUUGUGUCGCCCGACGGGCGCCCGUACUGCAAGUGUCGAGUGCCGUGCUGCGUCUUGGCAGCGUACAUCGAUCGUCUUUCGCUGCAUUCGCUCCUUUGUGCUGCUCAGUGGACGCCAUUCGACAUGCAUCGACGAGUAGCACACCGUCUUUUACGCAUAAAGUGGCGGUAGCGGAUGGACAUCUCACAGACGCAGGAGCUGUUGCGGCAGAGAGUGGAGCAGGACACGAACCGUGGGCCGUCGUACAGGGCGUGCAGGCAGCUCUCGAGGCAGUGCAUACCACUACGGGGUUGCCGUGGUGGGCGACGCUGAUGCUCUCAGGCGUGACACUGCGUGCUGCCAUCUUCCCUUUGUAUGUGUUCCAGAUCCGAGCGACUCAAAGGUUGGUCCAGGCAAGCUUGGACUUUCGAAAAUUGCACUCGGCGUACAAGUACGCGCGCACGUUUACGCCUACGUCCGACCGCAAGGGACAUCUUGACGCGAUCUUACUUGCACGACGGGGCGUCCGUGCAAUCAUGAAGAAGUACAACACGCAUCCCAUCCAAACGAUCGUGGGCGCGGUGGCGUACAUCCCGAUCUUUGCUGUGAUGGCGUACAGUGCUCGCGACAUGGUGCGCUCGGGCAAUUUCGCAGGUUUCGAUUCCGGCGGCUUUUUGGCUUGGAAGAACCUGUCAGAGGCGGACGGCACAUAUGUGUUUCCCGUUCUUGCAGCGCUGUCUACGUAUGGCAAUCUGGAAUUGUCAGCGCGACACAAGAGCGGUUUGUGGACAGAGGUGCUGCGUGCAGGGCAGUACGCUACGAUCUUUGCUGUCCCGUUCAUAGCUAGUCUGCCACAGGGAGUGUUCUUUUACUGGUUGGGAUCUUCCUGGUCGUCUAUGGCGCAGACCAUUGCUAUGAACAACAACGAGUUCCGCCGACGCCUGAAAAUCAAGCCACGAAUUACGACGACGCACUCACCUACUGCGUGA